ACUGUAGAGUUGCCAUAGGGUAACCAGGCUUUUAGCGAGCUGUAUUGAUAGUUUUUAUAGGGCUUACCUCAGAGUGAAACGGUAAGGUUUAAUGUUGGAUAAAGGAUUGUUGAGGGGAGUUUAUAAGUUUUUGAGUGCGUGUGAUAUCAAGGUUUGGUGCUGGUUUGUUAUACGAGAAUGGAGUGGUGAAAGAAAACGAAAUGGCGGAUCAAGAUAUAAUAUUCUCAAGAGUUAUUUCCCAAGGUCACAUCCCUGCCUCAGAUAUAAUGUACUCACAGCAUUUUGAUGGAAACCCUUUCAUAGAUAUCCUAGGUGAACAAUUGGAACAUCCGAGACAGCACCUUGCAGCAUCAAGGUUGUUCGUGAUUUCUAUGACCAAACAGUAAUC